GCUUGGAAGCUCAGGAUACUCGCAGAAGAGGUUUGAGUUUGGAGGUUAUCUUCUAAAUUCAAAUAAUUUUAAAUAUGCACAAAUGCCUACGAAGUGUUUUUAAAGCAUAUAUGGAUAUGGAUUAUCACAAUGGGCAUAUCCUAACUCUCGCCAACAGUAUUAUUGGACUCUAGUAUUGCUAUUUUUAAGCAAUCUGUUAGCGAGGUUGGCAUGUCAUUUUUUAAUCAAAUCUGCCAUAAUAACGCGACGAAAAACGUUCGAGUAUCUUGCGUUUAAUAUAUUCGGCAAAUUUGGAAAAUUUGCUAUCGAAGUUGGAAUGAUUGGCUUUUUACUAGGGACCUGUAUAGCCUUUUUUGUUGUCAUGGGUGACUUGGCACCCGCAAUUAUAUCAGAGAUCGCCGGUACCGAAACCAGCAGCGCUAUGAGAACGAGUAUAUUAAUGGCGUUAGCUUUGUUUUGUGUCUUACCCCUGGGACUGCUUAGAAAUAUUGACAGUCUAAGUGGUGUAUCCAGUGCAACAAUAGGAUUCUACUUUUUUUUGGUGUUAAUGAUAAUAGUUGAAGCCUUACCUCAUUUUUUCUUGGGAGACUGGGUAUAUAAAGUUGAAUUAUGGCGGCCCGCUGGUAUACUGCAAUGUUUACCUAUUUUUUCCAUGGCGUUGUCUUGCCAGACGCAAUUAUUUGAAAUAUAUCAGAUUAUGUAUAAUCCAACCCUAGAAAAAAUGAAUUAUGUAGUCAAGAUAGCCGUGCAUAUUUGCACACUUGUUUAUUUUUUUGUUGGAUCAUUUGGGUAUAUUGCCUUUGUGCAUAAGCCAUUUACAGGAAAUAUAUUAUUGAGUUUUGCUCCAUCCUAUAUUACCCAUGUUAUGAAAAUAGGCUUUAUAAUGUCAAUAGCUUUUAGCUUUCCUUUAGUAAUAUUUCCAUGCAGAGGAAGUUUGUAUUCAUUACUUUAUAGGGAAGGUUACUCCGUGCAUGAAAGUAUGAGUAACUACAUUCCUGAAGGUAAAUUCAAAGGACUAACACUGUUUAUAGUAUUUACAUCUUUACUGCUGGGCAUAUUGAUGCCAAAUAUUGAAUUAGUUCUUGGAUUAGUUGGUUCAACUAUAGGUAUAAUAAUCUGCUUAUUGUUUCCUGUAAUAUGUUUCAUAUGUGUUUCACAGAAAAAUACAAAUGAGAGACUUGUGGCAAAAUUUGUUGUUGUCAUAGGGAUUUUUCUGAUGAUUUUAGGAACAUACAAAAAUCUACAAGAUUUUGACAAAGUUGAUUCUCCUACUGUUGAGAAUGUAUUAUCAGAAAGAAAACCUCUUUUAUCAUUUAGUAUGAUUGAACCCAUUAACAAUGCGGUGACAGAUAUUCAAAGAAAAUACAAUUUAACAAAAGUUACUGAAAGCCCUGAAGUAAGACAUGAACCGCCACAGCCAAUCGAAUCAUUUGAACAUAAAUCACAUGAUAAUAAAAACCUAAAUAAAAAGUUACCUACUGAAAAUAUGCUGAAGGUUGAAAAGAUUGUAAAAGGGAAAAAUAAUCUUAUUAAAAGUGAAAAAGGUUUACACAAAAAUGAAAAUUCUAAUAUAACAAUAGAAGCCAAAAAUGAAGAAGUUGAUAUAGAAGCUAUAAAAAAGGAUGACAAUGAAAUGAAACUGCAGAAUAAAGAGGAUUCUCACAGAAUUCUAAUAGAUACUUUGCAGAAACAAAAUAGAGUGCAGGAGCAAAUAAUGAAACAGCAGAAAAAAUUGAUAGAAGUGAUAGAAAAACAACAGAAAAGUGUAAACGAUGAGGUAAAAGUGAAUGAAGAAAAGUUAAAAGCUGUAAAAGAAAUUGAAAGUAUUGCAUUACAGGCAAUAGAAAGGAUAAGUGGCAAUGAUGAUGUGAGCAAAAAAUUAUCUGAAGUACUAGAAAACAGAGUUAACAUUGUUAUGAAUCGUACUAUCAGUGAAUCAGACACUAAAAUUCAGAAGAAGAUAAAACCUUUCUCAAAAGAUUAUGUUAAUACAUCAAGUGAUUCACUACUAAAGAAAAAAGUCAGUAAUUCCAGUUUAUUUGUGAAGUCGGGUAAAAGAGAAGUCAGGAAAGAAAUGGCGCCUCUAUUUAUAAAUUUAGGAGCAAAAAGUAAUAGCAGCAAUCUAAUAAAGGAAAUACCUGUAACUGGAAAAUUAAUGCAUAACAUUUCAUUGUUAAAUUCUAAGGACUCUGUAAAUGUGACAAAAAUUAGUGUUACAGUUGAUGAUCCCUUAGUGGUUAGGAGAGAUAUUCUGUCCUAUUCAGAUAAAAGAAAAUAAAGUUGGUUGAGGGCGAAAUGUUUCUGUGAUUUUAUAAUUUGUAUAUAGAAUGUAUAAAAUGACAGGUUAAUGUAUAUUUCUAUUUUAAAUAAGAUAGACCCUAUUGCUAUACUAAAGUUGCCUAUUAUUAAUUCCUUGUAUUGAACAUUUACUUUUUGUCUUAGUUUUUAUAUCAUUCCGAAUUAUUGUGAUUAAUAAAAUGUAAAAUUAAAAUAAUUCAUGUUACUAAAAACACUUCACAGAACCCAAUAAAUUUUGAAUACAAUAAAGUGACUUUGAAUUUACUUUUAACUUUGUUCGAAUUUUUUCUAUUACAAACUAAAUCAU